ACUUUAGUUUAUGUCGAACUCUUGUUCGAUGCUCAGCGAUUGCGUACACGGAGAAAAAUAGUUAGCUAUUUCAGCUAAUUUUUAGCUACCUUAGCUAACCUUAAUUGCUAUUAUAUGGAUAGCAAUUAUUGUUAGCUAAUGCAGCUAAUAAUUAGCUAAAAUAGCUAACUUUCUUUGCUAAAACAGCUAAUUAUUAGCUGCAAUAGCUAAAAAUUCGCUAUCCAUAUAAUAGCAAACUCAUUUUUCUCCGUGAUAUCUUUUGUACGUGCGUAUCCGUGCAUUUAUAUAUUUUAAUAAAUCUCUUUUGUUAAUUAUUAAAUUGGAACUUUAAUUAUUUAUAAGUUCCUCGGUAUCACGUUAUUACAAUAACAAAAAAAAGGAAUUAUCAAAAUAUUUGAAAAGAAGCUAACUGCGAAGAAAAUAUUUUACGCCAAUUGAACAGCUGCUAGAACCGGAUCCUCAAUUAUUGUUCUGAAGCUAUACUUUUGACCAAAAAUAAUUUUGUUGCUUGAAAUUAUAUUAGUCGGAACGAAACACUGCAGAACGGAUAAAAAAUCAUUUUCAGAUAUUUAAAAAAAAAAUUGAAUAAAAAAAUGGAGAGCGAAAAAAACCGAUUAAGAAAAUGUGAGAAAGAUAAUAAUUCCCCCUGUGUUGUCAAAGAAGAAAACAUUGUUCUUAUCAAAACAAGAACGAUUCUGUUGAAGUUCGAUAAAAAAUCUGAUCGAACGAAAGAAGAGAUUGACAGGGCUAAAAAGCAAUUUAUGAAGAAAUUUGAAGAACUACUGGUGAAGAAUGCUAUUCUAAGGAAAACUACAAAUUUUCAACCAAUAAUCGAAAAUGCGACCAACAAAACUUUAAAACGGAAAGUGGAUUCGAAAGAUUCUAGUACCUCAAAAUGUCAAAAAUGUUCACUUGAAUCAGGUUCUUCAAAUUCUACUAAUUUCAAUGAUGAUACUGAUAUUGAAUUUUUUGAUACUAAAAAUAUUAAACUAGUGUUAGAAAAAUACAGGGCCAUGGUGAACACUCCCUUUUAAAAAAUUCUUAUAAGAUAAGAAAUCUGAAAUAUUAAAUAUAAUUGAAUUUAAAGAAUUGUACAAUUUUUUGGACAUUAAAUUAUAUCAAAAUGUAUUAACCCUGCUGGAAGUAAAGAGAUACAAAGAGAUUAAAAAAAGGGGAUAAAAAAAGAUUAAAAGGUAUAAUAGUUUGGAGAUGCAAAAUGGAUACUUAAAAGAGAUACAAAUUGUUUAUCUCUUUCUAUAACCUUAUAUUUAUAUAUCUUUUUAUCCCUUCUAAUCUCUUUAUAUACAGUUUCAGAUAUAGAAAUAUAUAGAAAAAAAUAUAUAAAAAGAGAUAAGAAAUUGGGGAUGCAAAGUGGUGAAUUAAAGAAGAUAGAACUUUUCUAUCUCUUUCUAUUCACACAUUGCUAUCUUUCUCUAUCCAUUUUCACAUCCUUUCUAAUCCACAGGAAAGUAAAAACAGAGAUAUCCCUUAUAGAAGAAAUCGAUUAAUUUCAAUUAAAAACUUUCUCUAUUGUUGUUAAUUGAGUUUCUUAAUCGUGUUGUUCUAAUUCAUUACUAUUAACUAUAAAAAAUUUGCAAGUAAAUCUUUAAUAUAUUUUUAGAAAAGUUUCGGUGCUGUGUGAGUUUAAAACUAAUUUUGGUUGUCUAUUACUGAUAAGCAUUUAUUGGUUAAAUAUAUUUACAAUAAACUACAAAAAUAUGAAAGUUAAACUCAAACAAAAACGUAAAAUCGCACAGUGCAUAACACACGCUUUCUGAUCUACGGAUCUACUGACCCGACGCCAUGACACAUAACAGCUGGGAAAAUCGACGCAUGCGCGUAUAUCUUUAUGAGUAUGUAUAUAGAAAGGGAUAUACUAUAGUAGAUUAGAAGAGAUAACUUAUUAUAUCUCCUCAAAUCCCCAUAUUCUUGUCUAUCCCUAUAUAUCUCUUCUAAAUGAAGUAAGGAGAUAGAAUAUGGGAUUGGAAAAA